AUGCAAUCCGGAAAGAAAUCAAUUUGUUCGGAUGAUGGUGACACUCGAAAAUGGCUCCUCGGUCAUCUUCAUAUAAUUCAAGCUAAAGCACUUGCUUCAAAUCUUGAUUUACCUAAAAUUUAUAAAGAAAAAAUUGAGGCAGUACCAGAUUCUAAUCCCAAUGAAAUUAAUUUAAAUGGCGAAUCACUUCUUAUAGCAACAAUUAAAUAUCUCGAUGAUAAAGAAAACCGACUCAAAUACAUUCAAUUAUUGAUUGAUCGUGGCGCAGAAAUCAAUUUUCAAGAUAAAAGAGAACGCCGAACAGCGCUAAUGUACGCAUGCAUUGAGGAUAAUAGGACUGAAGAAGGCUUAUUAAUUGCUAAAAUUAAUGGUUGCAAUUUUCAUGCACAAGAUAGGCUUGGCAAUACGGCGCUAAUGUAUGCAGCAAUGAAAGGUCGCGAUGAAUUAAUGAAUUUUAUGGUUGAUACACUUGCAAAGGGUUGGAGUUUAGCUGCAUUACAAUUAACUAAUUGUAUGGGUCAUACAGCUGAAGAUUUAGCAAUACGAAAUGGACAACAUCGUUGUGCAAGAAUGGUACAAACACAACGUUUACAUUUGUUGGCAUGUUUAAAUCGUCAAAUGGGUAUGGUUGGACAGAUUGGAUGUCGUUAUUGGGGUGCCUUUGCUGCAAUUUAUAAAUGUGUCGAUAAGUGGAAACCACGACAACGUAGAAAAUCGGUGGAUCCACGAUCUUUCCGUUUUGUGCAAGCGAAACCAAUUGUGAGAAAAAAAUCGAUGUAA